AAAAUAAGGUGGAUCCCAUCCACACUUAUUUGCUUAAUGAAACAAAAGGUUACCCUCACCCCUCCCUCUCCCUUAUUCUCGGCCAAGUAAUACCCAGGAAGAAGAAGAAAACCACCCUCCUUCAUUCUCCAUUGUUGAAGAGAGCUCAACAAGAAGAAAUCCCAAGAAAAGGAGCUAAGGUGCUAAAAGUGUGAAAAGAUUAAGGAACUUGUGAAAGGUAUUUCAAGUGAUUUCACAAAGUUGGGAAAGUCGCCGGAAUUGUCGCCGGAGUUGACCAAAAGUCGCCGGAGUGUCACCGGAGUUCAACCAAGAAGGGUAGAACUACAUACACUAGUUCAAGGUUGAAGCUAGGGCUUGCUACCUGCACCUUUCUACGGGUGACAUCAAGUCAAGGAAGACGUGAAAUGGAGGGCAGGCGAAUGGGGACCAGGAACAAUCUGAGGGGGCAAGCGCCGGUAGCAUCCCAAAGGGGAAGCCGGGCUGCAUCUCGGGGUUCGAGAGGAGGCCGUGGAGGCCGUGGAAGCCGUGGAGGUCAUCAAGCUCAAACUGUGAGUGAUGGCCAUGUGAGCUCGGUGUAUGAAACCAACACCGAAGACUAUGACUCAACCUACGUUCCAGAGACGGAGCAUGAAGAGACCCCGUAUGAUGGGGGUGACACAUACACCGAUGAUGAUGAUGAAGAGAGUGAUGCCAAGUUCGCCCAAAUGGGCGAAUUGCUCGAGUGGUAUCAAAAGGAAAAACUGAGGAGAGACCUUAGGCGCCAAGCGAGGCGUGGCUCUCGUGGAGGUUCGGGUCAAGGAAGCCGGGGAGCUUCCGUGGCCACCCCAGCGGCGUCACAAGGUGGGCGUGAAGGGGGUUUUGUUGUGAGAAUCUCCAAGUACCUCAAGGAGGCUAGGGCCUUGGGGUGUAGGUCCUUUGACGGCACCGGUGACAUUACCGUUGCCGCCGAUUGGAUUAAGAAGGUGAAGGAUGCAUCAAGAGAUAUGCAAAUCACACCGGACGUGAAGUUGACUGUCGCUUCACGGCUACUUGAAGGGAUAGCUUCUACGUGGUGGGAGAGCGUGGAAGGGAAGUACCAUGGGGAAAUAACAUGGGCGGAUUUUGAGCUAGAGUUCUAUGAUCAAUACUACUCCGAGUACGAGGUGAACGUGAAACGGAGAGAGUACACUAACCUCAAACAGAAAGAUGGCGGCACGGUUAAGCAGCUGGAACAAGAGUUUAGGACCUUGGCUAGGUUCUUGCCGGAGUACACGGUUGAUGAGAACCGCAUGACGGAGCACUUUUGGGAUGCCUUACUCUUAGACAUCCGUGAUCGAGCCACGUACUCGCGCCACAUGACCUUUAGCGAGGUGGUGGAGCAGGGCCUUCUUGGGGAGGCCCAGUGGAAUGAGAGAAAAGAAAGAGACGCCGAAGAGGCGAAAAAGAGGAAAUGGCAUAAUUCGGGGCCGCCCGAGCAAGCACGGAAAGAUAAACACGGUGGGGGUGGUGGUCCGUUCAGGACACCGGCACCACCGGCAAAGAAGAACCGAGGAUUGAUGACUUGUUCGAUCAACUUCGAGGGGCAAUAGUAUUCUCGAAGAUUGAUUUGAGGUCGGGGUAUCAUCAGUUGAAGAUCAAGGAAAGUGACAUACCUAAAAGUGCGUUCCGCACUAGAUACGGUCACUACGAGUUCCUUGUGAUGUCAUUUGGUUUAACCAACGCACCGGCGGCAUUCAUGGACUUGAUGAACCGUGUGUUUAGUGAAUACUUAGAUCAAUUUGUGAUAGUAUUCAUUGAUGACAUCUUGAUAUACUCCAAGAGCGAGGAAGAGCACGAACACCAUUUGAGGCUUGUACUUGAUCGGCUAAGGGAAAAGCAACUCUUCGCCAAGUUCUCCAAAUGCGAAUUUUGGCUCAACGAGAUUGGUUUCCUCGGUCAUGUCAUAUCCGGUUCGGGUGUUGCUGUGGAUAACGCCAAGAUAAAAGCGAUCAUGGAUUGGGAGAGACCCAGGAAUGCGAAGGAGAUACGUAGUUUCCUUGGCUUAGCGGGAUACUAUCGUAAAUUUGUGGAAAAAUUCUCCGUAUUGGCGUCUCCAUUAACGAAGCUCACAAAGAAAGGGGCCAAGUUCAUAUGGGACGACAAGUGUGAGAAGGGGUUCCUUGAAUUGAAGAAACGACUUACCGAAGCACCAGUCCUUGCCCUACCCAUACAGGGGAUAGGGUAUGACAUUUACAGCGAUGCUAGCAUCCAAGGGCUUGGAUGUGUACUAAUGCAAAACGGUAAGGUGAUUGCCUAUGCUUCUAGGCAAUUGAGGAAACACGAAGUGAACUACCCUACUCACGAUCUAGAGUUGGGGGCGGUAGUGUUUGCAUUGAAGAUUUGGAGGCAUUAUCUCUACGGGGAGACGUGUCACAUUUAUACUGAUCAUAAGAGCUUGAAGUAUGUAUUCACUCAGAAAGAGUUGAAUAUGAGGCAGAGGAGAUGGAUGGAGUUGAUCAAGGACUAUGACUUGAUCAUCGACUAUCAUCCCGGAAAGGCCAAUGUAGUGGCCGACGCACUGAGCAGGAAGAAUACGUCAGGGACGCUACUUACUUGUCUACGAGUAUUGAGGGCACACGUGGAGGUGUCCACGACCGGGGCGCUCAUUGCUAGGUUCGAGGUGAGGCCUACAUUGCUGGGUGAGAUCAGUAGAUGUCAGGCCAUUGAUGAGGAAUGUCAGAAGAUCCGCGAACGGAUCCUUGAGGGACCCGUCGAGAAUUUUCGGGUACGUGAUGACGGUCUUUUAUUAUUUAAGGAUCGUGUGUGCAUACCAAAGAAUGAGGAGCUCCAGAAGUCUAUACUUGAGGAGGCUCAUUCUUCAGCAUAUGCUAUGCAUCCAGGAGGUACUAAGAUGUACCGAGAUCUGAAGGAAAGUUACUGGUGGUCAGGUAUGAAGAGAGAUAUUGCAGAGUUUGUGAGUCGAUGCCUUACUUGCCAGCAAGUUAAGGCAGAGCAUCAGCACCCAGCAGGGCUCUUGCAGCCACUCACCAUCCCAGGGUGGAAGUGGGAACAUGUGACCAUGGACUUCGUGGUGGGGCUGCCACGAACAGUGAACAACUACGAUGCAGUGUGGGUAGUGGUUGAUAGGCUCACCAAGAGUGCACACUUUCUACCUAUCAACAUUACUUAUCCUCUUGAAAGAUUGGCCAAGCUAUACACGGAGGAGAUUGUGAGAUUACAUGGAGUCCCAAUAUCCAUUGUCUCGGAUAGGGAUCCACGAUUCACAUCCCGAUUUUGGCCAAAGUUUCAAGCGUCUUUGGGGACUAAACUGAAGUUUAGCACAGCUUUUCACCCACAGACGGAUGGACAGUCCGAGCGGGUGAUACAGAUUUUGGAAGACAUGCUUAGGGCAUGUGCUUUGGAGUUCCAAGGAAGUUGGGACAAGCAUUUGGCCCUAGUGGAGUUUGCUUAUAACAACAGUUAUCAAGUAAGUAUCGGCAUGCCUCCAUAUGAGGCAUUGUAUGGGAGGAAAUGCAGAACACCAUUGUGUUGGGACGAGGUUGGCGAGACCAAACUCGAAUGGAUAGAGCUGGUUGAGAUCACCAAGGCCAAGGUGAGGAUCAUUCGGGAUAGACUGAAGGCUGCUCAGGACCGACAGAAGAGUUAUGCUGAUAAACGGCGGAGACCGUUGGAGUUCGAAGUCGAUGAUGAGGUCUUCCUAAGAAUUUCUCCUUGGAAGGGCAUCAUUCGAUUUGUAUCGAGGGGAAAGCUUAACCCCCGAUACAUCGGCCCAUUUGAGAUCCUUGAAAGGAUAGGGGUCGUGGCCUAUCGUCUCAAGUUGACGCCUG